AUGCAUGCUCUACUUCACUUUUCCGUCGUUGCUCUCGCAGUACUUCUCCACCAAUCCUUCGUCUGGCCCAUGAGGCUUCACGGAAGCACCACCCACGACCAUAUCUUCGCUCGAGUCCCUUCCGUCCUUCGGUCUACCGACGAUGUCGAACUGAAACUCGAAAUCCACACGAACCUGACAGACCCAAGCAAGAAGUACAACGCCUACAUCCUAGGCAAUCCUGAGCAAACCAGCAAAAUCGUUCAAGUCCUACAACAAGAUGGCACUGGGUACAAAUACGUCCAACCCGCUAAUACCGGCAGCGAUGUGCCGGUGCCCAUCACGGAAGGUUUUGCAAUACCGCUUACUACAGACACCACCUUAAUCACGCUCCCGGGUUGGCUGUGGAACGCUCGUAUAUGGUUGUCUGAGAACGAGCUUGUGUUCAAAUUCACUAACGGCGGUCUCGUCCAGCCCGCUCCUGCUACCGAGGUAGACGAUAAUUACAACGUGUCUUAUGGGUUCAUCGAGUUGAACUUCUACCCAGCCGGAGAUACCAACGAACCCACUGUCUUCGUCAAUCUCUCCUUUGUGGAUUUUGUCGGCCUUGUACUCGGCAUGGCCAUGACCUAUCAGAACGGCUCGACAGAAGCAGUCCCGGGUCUCUAUAGAAAUGCUCUGACGACCGUCUGCGAUGGGCUCAAGAGCCAGGCGCAGAAAGACAAUCGAUCUUGGGACAAGAUGUGUCUCCAAGACGGGGACAAGUAUAUACGAGCCAUCUCGCCCAACAUGUACAGCUCCCAACCUCCCAAUCGCGAUAUGGACGACUACUACACGAAAUACAUCGACGAUGUUUGGAACGCAUUUAAAACUCAACCUCUGCUCAUGGACACUCAGGAUGCCAAUCACACCAAAGUGCCGUCUGGCCCGCAAGUUUCCUGCAAGGUUACCGGCGAAGUACUUGAUUGCGGCGCGGAUGCUGGCCAAUACGUGAAGCCCACCACUCUGGAUGUCUGGGGCUGCAACACAGGUCCAUUUGUGGUUCCCCCGGGGGCGAAUGAAAAGCAAAAGGAAAUCAUACCUAGACUCUGCGCUGCUUUCUUCCGCAGUACUCUCCUCCUAGAUGGCGGUAGCGUACAACCAUCGCUACCGUCUGCGAAGUACUACACAGCCGAUCCGACUAAUCACUAUGGUCGCCUUGUACAUGAAGGUCUGCAAGACGGUCGGGGAUACGCCUUUUCUUACGAUGACGUGAACGCUGGCACAGAGAAUGUAGCCGGCGUUCUUAAGGCGUCGAAUAUACAGAAGCUGUCUGUCACCUUGUCAAAUUGA